AUCGACCAUUCAAUUUGGUACGGUUCAGUUUUUUUUCUGUACUUUUUCGAUUCAUUUUUUAGUUCUGUAUUGUAAAUUUUUUAGAAAAAUUUCCGUAUCUGUUCACCCUAUUUACCAAGGUCACCAUAUAAGACCUUAUUGUAAACUCAAGCCCCUUGCCCUUUUGUGCGACCAAAAUGGAGGACGACAUUGCAAGAGAGAAGGCUGUGGCGGUACGGCUGAUAGAGAAGGCCACAAAUUCAACUAGACCCGAAGUGGAUCCGCGCCUUCUCAAAUCCAUCAAAUCCGUCGUCCGGCAAUCCGACUCCGAGCUCCGACUUGCUGCUCAAACCCUAAUGACCCUAUUGAAACGCGACCACUCGCAGGUUAGGUAUCUUUCCCUUCUAAUCAUAGACGAAAUCUUCAUGAGGUCAAAGCUUUUCCGGGCUCUGCUUGUUGAGAAUUUGGAGCAAUUGUUAACUUUGAGUGUGGGGUUCAGAAGGAACCUGCCUCUCCCUGCCCCUGCUUCUGUUGCAUCUGUUUUACGUGCCAAGGCGAUUGAGUAUCUGGAGAAAUGGAAUGCAUCAUUCGGAAUUCACUACAGGCAGCUUAGGUUGGGGUAUGAAUACCUGAAGAACACACUUCGCUUUCAGUUUCCCAAUGUGCAAGCAAAUGCCUUGCGGGUUCAGCAGGAGAGAAGAGAAAGAGAGGCGAGGACAAGAGAAAUUUUGCUUAAAAAGUUUGAUAGCUUUAAGGACAAGGUUUCUUCAAUAAAAGAUGAGAUUCACUCCACCAUUGAUGAAAUUACUGUGUGUUUAGAAAUUCUUAAUGCCAAGGGUGAUGAAGAGGACAUGCAGUUGGUUCCGUUAGAUGGCGAAGAGGAGGUUGAAGAGUUUCGCAACUCUGAACUGCAACGGCUUCGUCACGACUGCUUGGCAGAAGGGGAAAAGGUUAGGGAGACCACCAACAAUACUGUCGUUUUUGAUGCAUUGAGGGAACUCUAUAAGGUUGUAAUGACCAAACAUAUGGUUGUGGUUCAAGAAUGGAUAUCUGUUCUCAUAAGAGUGGAAACAGAGGACACCAAGUUUAGGGACAAUGCAUUGAAGGACUUCAUUGAUAUUCGAAAUAAUCUCAAAUCUGUAGAAGCAAAAUGUGAAUCCUCGGGGUGUACUCUUUCAAAAACCACCCAUGUGGAUGACGAUGUCAUUUGGGAAGAUGGUGAUGUCAGUUCAUUUGGGACUAGAAAACCUGUGGUAACAGAUUUGAGAUGUGAAGCUUCUGAAAAAGGUAACGGACAUCAAGAAGGGAUUGUCAAAAAGGACACCAGUGAAUCAAAUCCUUUGCACAGGGAGCUCUUAGCUGAAGCUCCAGUCAUGAAGUGGGGCCCCGUCAUGGACAAUUGGGGCUCAAAGCGGAUCUUUCUGGCCAACCAAAGGGGUUUGGAUCUUGACAGUCACUGGGGUAGGGUAGACCAUGACACAGUUAUUCCCACUGAAAGAAUUGCAGAGUUGAAUGUGCAUGCAACUGUGUACCGGGAAGACCCAGUUGAAAUCCAACCGUGCCAUGCUCCUUUAUCGAGGAAAGGUGGGCUUUGCCAGAGGAGAGACUUGAGAGCUUGUCCAUUUCACGGGGUGAUUGUUCCUCGAGAUGAUGAUGGAAAGCCUAUUAUGAUUCAUCAAGGAUCAAUUGCAGAAGGCAAAGGCAAGGGUGAAGAUGAUGGGAAGCCUAUUAUGUUUAAUCAAGGCUCAAUUGCAGAGGGCAAAGGAAAUGAUAUUGAUGAAUUCCCUCCAACGGUAGAUAUGACUCAAUUGGCCAGACAAGCGGUGAAGAACGUACGGGAGAGAGAUACAAGCGAUACAAAGCAGAUUUUGAAGCGAGCUAAACGUGCAAAGGUACGGGAACACAAUGAAUCCGUUCUUCGUGACGCUGCAAUUGCAUCAUCUUCAACCUCUUAUUUUGCUGGAGAAGAUCAACAUGCAGCCAAUGGGACGGCAUAUCAUGCGAGAAAUAAGGAAGAAACCCUCGCAUCUAUGUUGAAAAAGAAGAAAGAAACCAGUAAAGACAGACUGGGUCAGAAGCUUCUGAAUGCACGUGCAAGAGAUGCUACACAGAGACAGUUGGCAGCAGCAGAGGAUGCAAACUACCGCGAGGCUUUUCCAAAUCAGUGGUAGAAAUGUAAACUUAUCACUCUUGAUCGCUUUUGUGGUUUUGUGGCAAGUGAUUCCAACGAAAGAUGUUUACAGAGGUUGCUUGACGUAUAUAUGCACUGAAGGUACAUUAAGAUUGAUAGGUAGUCGGGUUGAUGCAUUGUGUUUUCCCUUCUUUUUUUUGAAGUAACCAUUGUGGCUUUAUAUAUUUUAACACACUGUAAACUGGCUGGUUCUGCAU